AUGGACCUGGUUGUACGUCACAUUGCGGUCAAUGUAGUGGCGGGAACACAACGUGUAACGCAUACAACGGUCAUUGUUCAAGCAGCUGUGCACCCGGAUACAAAGGAGAUGUAUGCUCAACUCCCUGUGAUCCCGGAGAAUAUGGAUGGGGAUGCACAUCAAAAUGCGGUCAGUGUCGUGAUGGGAAAACAACGUGCAACAUUGACAACGGUCACUGUCCGAAUGGAUGUGCUACUCGGUUCAAAGGAGAGACAUGUCAAACACGUACGUCGGAAUGUUGUAAUAUCAUGUGAUCCGGAAGAUGAUGGAGCAGAGUGUACAUUACGAUGUGGUCAAUGUCGUGAUGGCAACAUGACGUGCAACACGAACAACGGCUAUUGUCCACAUGGAUGUUCAUCUGGAUACAAAGGGCAGCUGUGUAACAUACCCUGUGCUUCCGGAGAGUUUGGCCCAAACUGUACAUCAAACUGUGGCUACUGUCAUGACGGCAGCACGACGUGUGACACGUACAAUGGGCACUGUCCAGACGGAUGUGUCGUUGGAUACAAAGGAGACUUCUGUAACACCACAUGUGAAGAUGGGGCAUUCGGCAAAGACUGUAUCCAUUAUUGUGCUUUUUGCAUAAACGGAGAUUGCAACACACUAGAUGGAACAUGCCGUAGUGGAUGUUUAAGGGGUUACAUGGGACAGUUUUGCAACGAGAGUUUGUAUGAUGAUAAGAACCAAGAUAAAUACCAGUCGACUCCAAAAGAAAAUAUCGCAGCUGUUGUUGUUGCUGCGGUCUCAUCUACGUUACUGUUUGGUGCAAUAAUAUCGAACGUAGUUUUUAUAUACCUGUAUUGCAGAAGGAAAGCAAGAUACAGGAAUGGGACAGAGAAAACGGACACUAAUUAUUAUACAACUCCAGGACCAUCUGUAUCAUCUGAUUACGAUAGCCUUGAUAUGACAGAACUGGGUUCAACCCCAGGAACAAGACGAUAGUGUUAUGUGGGCAAGUCCUAAAAUUCACUGCUUUGCCUUAAAUGAAUCACCC